AAAUUUUGUCAGUUUCUCCUCUAAAAAAAAAACAUUCUUCGUCUACCUUUCUGCCACCACGAAAAACAAAGACGACCAAAACUCCAAGCCAUUCUUUGUAUCUUUCUCAGAUCAGAUGGCGUGUCCCCCAAGCCAUCGCCAUGGAUAUGUGGAGCUGGGAUUGGGGAGUGACUUCCACGGCCAAGCAAGUCUCUUGGGAUUGAUUGAUAAUGUUCGAACUUCCAUUCCGAGGAGCCCACAGUUUCUUCCCAGUUCAUCAGAUGGGGCGAAAAGCUGUUGCGAAUGCGGCCUCUGGAUUCCCCCUUUCCCCCCUCAAGCACAACGCCAAGUGCCGCCGCGCAUGGCGCUCUGCGAAGGGAUUGGUUGAUAGUGUUCAAACCUCCAUUCCGAGGAGUCCACAGUUUCUUCCCAAUUCAUCAGAUGGAGCGAAAAGCUGUUGACAAUGCAGCCUCUGGAUUCCCCCUUUCCCCCUCAAGCACAACGCCAAGUGCCGCCGCGCAUGGCGCUCUGCGGACACCCACUCUCUCUCUCUCUCUCUCUCUCUCUCUCUCUCUCUCUCUCUCUCUCUCUCUCUCGUGUUUUCUCAUUUCACCUCCUCUAUAUUACCCCUCUUCUUCUUUCCUUCUCUUUGUUUCUCUAUCUCUUGCGAAAAAAAAAAAUGUCGAGCCAUCGCCGAUACGACGGAGCUCCGUCCACGCGAGAUCGCUUCCAGGAUACACUAUCCAUUUAUCGGAAUGAACUUGUCUAUCUCCUGUCUAGGUGCGUGGCUCAGGGGAAAGGGAUUCUACAACGCCAUCACCUUAUAGAUUACUUAGCAGAUGCUAAUGAGCAAGAUGAAGGGAUGAAGAACCUCAGUGACAGCCCUUUUGGCUACGUCCUGAAGUCCGCGCAGGAAGGUGUUGUUCUACCCCCAUUUGUAGCCAUAGCAAUUCGUCCAAGACCUGGUGUUUGGGAAUACAUUCGUGUUAAUGUCUAUGAACUCAGCAUGGAGCAACUGAGUGUUUCAGAAUAUCUUCGAUUUAAGGAAGAACUCGUGAAUGGACAGGACAAUGGCCGCUCUGUGCUAGAACUUGAUCUUGAGCCAUUCAAUACAACAUUUCCUCAGCCAACACAAUCAUCAUCCAUUGGCAAUGGGGUUCAGUUCCUCAAUCGUCAUCUAUCUUCCAUUAUGUUUCGUAGCAAAGAAAGUUUGGAGCCCCUGCUUGAUUUUCUUCGCACGCACCAACAUAAUGGACGUGUAAUGAUGCUGAAUGAUAGAAUACAAACAAUAUCUGGACUUGAAUUUGCUUUAACAAGGGCAGAGGAAUAUCUCACUAAGCUCCAGCCAGAUGCACCAUAUGCUGAUUUUGAAUAUGUCCUUCAAGGAAUGGGGUUUGAGAGAGGUUGGGGUGACACUGCACAAUGGGUGGCCGAGAUGGUACAUCUUCUUUUGGACAUCCUUCAGGCUCCUGAUCCAUCUACAUUGGAGACAUUCCUUGGGAGGAUUCCCACGGUGUUUAAUGUUGUCAUUCUAUCUCCACAUGGAUACUUCGGUCAAGCAAAUGUAUUAGGUCUGCCUGAUACUGGUGGACAGAUUGUUUAUAUACUUGAUCAAGUGCGUGCACUGGAGAAUGAGAUGCUUCUUAGGAUACAGAAGCAAGGACUGGAUAUUAUCCCAAAAAUUCUUGUUGUGACCCGACUAAUACCUGAUGCAAAAGGGACAACAUGCAACCAGAGACUGGAAAGAAUUACUGGAACAGAACAUGCACAUAUUCUGCGGAUCCCUUUUAGAACUGAGAAUGGUAUUCUUCGUAAAUGGAUCUCAAGGUUUGAUGUGUGGCCAUAUCUAGAGAUGUUUGCAGAGGAUGCAUCAAAUGAAAUUGCUGCUGAGCUGCAGGGCCUUCCCAACCUGAUCAUUGGCAAUUAUAGUGAUGGAAAUCUUGUUGCUUCUUUAUUAUCUUUCAAACUUGGAAUAACCCAGUGCAACAUUGCUCAUGCAUUGGAGAAAACAAAAUAUCCGGAUUCUGAUUUAUACUGGAGAAAGUAUGAGGACAAGUAUCAUUUUGCAAGCCAAUUCACUGCUGAUCUAAUUGCAAUGAACACCGCCGAUUUUAUAAUCACCAGCACAUACCAAGAGAUUGCAGGAAGCAAGAAUAAUGUUGGUCAGUAUGAAAGCCACACAGCUUUUACUCUUCCAGGGCUGUAUCGAGUUGUUCAUGGCGUUGAUGUUUUUGAUCCCAAGUUUAAUAUUGUGUCUCCUGGGGCAGAUAUGAGCAUAUACUUUCCAUAUUCAGAGAAGCAAAUGAGACUUACUGCUUUACACGGUUCUAUCGAAGAACUUUUAUUUGAUCCAGAGCAGAGUGAUGAACAUAUUGGUGUGCUGGAUGAUUGCUCAAAGCCCAUCAUAUUUUCCAUGGCAAGACUUGACCGGGUGAAAAACAUAACGGGGCUGGUCGAGUGUUAUGCCAAAAGUGCAAGGCUGCGGGAACUUGUGAAUCUUGUUGUGGUUGCUGGUUACAUUGAUGCAAAGAAAUCCCGUGAUAGGGAAGAAGUUGCGGAGAUUGAAAAGAUGCAUGACCUCAUGAAAAAAUAUAAUUUGCAUGGCCAUUUCCGAUGGACAAAGGCCCAAAUGAACCAUGCUCGUAAUGGUGAGCUUUAUCGCUACAUUGCAGAUAGAGGGGGUGCUUUUGUUCAGCCUGCUUUCUAUGAAGCUUUUGGGCUUACAGUUGUGGAGGCCAUGACUUGUGGCCUUCCUACAUUUGCUACUUGUCAUGGUGGCCCUGUUGAGAUUAUUGAGCAUGGUAUAUCAGGAUUCCAUAUUGAUCCACACCACCCUGAUGAGGUUGCUGCUCGUAUAGUUGACUUCUUUGAGAAGUGCCAGGUGGACCACAGCUACUGGGACAAGAUAUCUGAAGCAGGGCUUCAACGUAUCUAUGAAAGGUACACAUGGAAGAUCUAUUCGCAGAGGCUAUUGACAUUAGCUGGAGUCUAUGGCUUUUGGAAGCAUGUGUCGAAGCUUGAGAGGCGUGAGAUGCGGCAAUAUCUGGAGAUUUCCUAUGUUCUUAAGUAUGGGAAUCUGGUCAGUAUUCUGAUCUUUUCCAGCAUUGGUCGUGUACUUGAACCUUUUAAGAAGUUGCUUUUGAGUGGCAUAGAAACAGAUUUGCCAUAACCAUGAUCUCCUCUCACCCCUUGAAUAGAAUUUUAAAUUUUGAGUCUUAUUAUUACUGCUGUCAGUUUUUUCACCAAACCAACUAAUGGCUUCUGUCAACUCUUCGAUGACACAGACAGCUUCUAUAAGGAACCUGUGCUUUUAUCUAUAGGAUAAUGAGAAAUGAGUUGCAUUGUUUUCUAGUGACUCUAAACUUUCUGCACACUUCUAUUCCUGCCUCAUUCGUUUUUUUACCCUCAAUGUUUAAUUUCCUUUUGUGAUUAUGUUGUAGGUGCGGUCUAUUCCACUGGCUGUCAAUGAACAACCCUGAACUUCGCAUGCAGGAGGAGUUUUCGUUCGCUAUGCCCUCUUUUCCUUUUUACCAUUUUCCUUUUGUGGUGUACGCUAUGUCGACUUGGUCUCUGUGGAACUUUGUCUGGAAACUUGUUGAGACUAGUUUUCUUU